ACAUAACUUGGAGGACGUUAGCAGCGAACGAUUGGAAUAGGACCCAGGAACGUAUUCGUCAUGUCAGACUUGAGUUAUCUCUGUACUCCACGGACCAUUCCUUACAAGUACAAAACAAUCACCCAGGUUUUCAACGAAAUAACAACAACAUUUCCAAACAAAGAAAUUCUCAUUUAUCGAGGCAUUGAUGGGACCAGGGAAAGCUUGACUUGCCGUCAACUUCAGACGCACGCGACAAAGUUAGCAGGAUAUCUUGUCAGGAAAGGAAUUAAAAGGGGAGAUAAAAUUGCUCUUUCUGGACCCAACACUCUAGAGUGGGUAAUAGCAGAAUUAGCUAUAAUUAUGGCGGGGGCUAUUGUUGUUCAUGUUCCCUUCAGUAACACCGAUGCGAGAGAUGUUUACGAAAUAGCUUCAACUGCUGAGUGCAAGGCUUUUCUGAUUGACCCCGGCAAACGAGAUGAAUAUUUAGAAAUGAUUUUACAGCUUAAUGCCCUUCUAGUGAGACACACGAAAUCUUCAGCGUUGGUUUUUCUCAGAAAGAGCAAGAAUUUAGCGUCCUUUGAUGACCUUCCUGGAGUAUUACAGUUAGAAGAGGAAGUUGAAGUUGAGCUUCCUACACUCUACCCCGAGGAUGAAAUUGUGAUUUUCACAACGUCUGGAAGCACGGGGAAGCCUAAAAUGAUCCCUAAAACUCACUUUCAUGCAAUCAACAAUCCUAUCAUAUCGUCUGGAAAAGUUUACAAUGAUCGGCCAUUUGCUUGGAGUGCAGGAUCUCCCAUUCUAACCGUAUAUCAAGGGACACCAAAAGUAUUUUGCGAUUCCUCAAUUGCCUCUGAAGGACACAGCACUAUGAAAAUAUGGGAAGUAAUCAAAGAAGAAAAGUGUACAUCGGCAAUAUUAUUACCUUACUUUCUUUUAGAUUUGGUUGCACACGGAGAAAAUUACAAAGAUCCGUUCAACUCGAUGCCGUCGCCACAGGUGGACAGUCGAUUAACAAUUUCCACACGAAUGUCAUUGGCAUAUUUACAAGGAGUUUGAGAGCCGGAUACGGAUCAACCGAAGGAAUGAAGAUAUCUGGACUUCCGCCUGUUACUACUGCUGGUGAAAUGCAGGCCGGUGAUGUAGGCAAACCAGUACCAGGUACAGAAGUGAAGAUCAUUGAUGGAGAUGGAGAUGUUUUGAGAAAAGGGGAGAACGGGGAACUUUGUAUACGAAGCGUGUAUGGUUUUGAGAAAUACUACAAGAACACAAGCUUAACAGAGGAAGUCCUUUUGCCUGGAAAGUGGUUUCGUUCUGGCGACAUUGCGCAUAUAAAUGAACACGAUCAUAUUAUAAUAAUCGGGCGUAUCAAGGAUUGUAUAUCCCGAGGUACGAGAAAAAUUUUACCCAGUAGCAUCGAGAAAAUCAUUGUAAGAAAGAAUGGUAUACGAAAUGUGAUUGUAGUUGGUGUACCUGACAAGCGUUUAUACGAAGAAAUUUGCGUUUGUUACGUCACAGAUCCUGGGUAUGAAAUUUCCCCAACCGACGUAAAACAGUUUUGCAGGACAGAGUUCAUUGGGCACGAUGCCAUUGAUGGUCUUGGAGAAAUGCCGAAAUAUUUUCUCAGAUUCCAUGGUCUACCGAUGCUUAAUAAUGGAAAAAUUAACAAAAUGCAAAUGAGAAUUGAUGCCAUUCAACAGUUGGAAUUGAUCAAUUAGAUGGAUCGUGAACUCUUGAUAUCAAAUUUCUCUAACCAAAAUUGAAUCUUGUAGUCGGAGUAGUUAUCUGCAAAGCAAUUAAAAUUCUUUUUAAAUACUUCUUUUCCCACCACGAAAUACCCCAUAGCUUUCAUGGACAUGGAUAUUUACUCCAGAUUUAGAUCAUACAUGUAUAUCUUAUUAAACUGAUUUGAAGUUAAAGACCCA